AUGCCUGGUCAACAUGACAAGGUGAUGCCAGAGACGAGUGGUGAUGAUGGAAGCACCAGCGGUUCUGAGGUUUCAAUAGGAGAAGAAGGGGAUGACAGUAACCGAAAUACUGCAGAUAGCGAUGACAGUGAUGAGGAAGAGACGGAAUCAAGCGAUGAGGACGAGAGCUUAGAAAGCGACACUUCUGAUAGCGGUGACGACAGUAGCAGCGAUGGCAGUGAUUCGUCAGAUUCUUUGUGGGGAGCUUUUGACGAUGACGACAAGAAAGAGACACAAGAAGCCAAUGAAGCGUCAGCCCUUCAAGAAUUCCAAAGAGCUCUGGACUAUUUACUCAAAGGAAAAAGCGCUACUGCUUCAAAAAUCCUAAAUAAACUCCUCAACAAUCCACUUGUUAAGUGUUUUCACACGAAAUUUUUUGACUGGGAAGCUGAAGUGGAUGAGAGAUUAUCUAAGAUGGCACGACUGUACGUAGGAAUUCACAAGAACCUCGCGAAGCUCGAUACCGACAAUGCCACCGAGCACUUUCUUCAGAUUUUGUCAGUGGCACCGAAAAAUUCUGAUGUCUGGUUGAGUCUUGGUGUUGAUUGCAUCAACAAAGGAGACGUGGAUUUUGCAAAAUUUGCUUUUGAACAUGCUGAAGGCAAUGAUGCCACCGAUUCGCUUCUUAGCGCUCUGUAUUUGUCCCGGAAUUAUCAUGCCUGCUUGCGUUUGGCACAUAAAUGUUUGAAUGUCGGCUUAUGUGAACAGAAGGCAUUGUUUCUCAAGGAACGGAUUCGUUCAAUUAACUCUCACUACAGUGAGUUCUGUGACUCUGUCUUUGGCGAGAACAGAAGAUACAGCAAUAUCAAAAUGUUGGAUGAAAAAACUACGAGAAAGAUAGCAAAGAGAUUGGCUGCUGUGGAAACGGUUAUUAAUUCUGUGGGAGAAGAGCCGAUUCCUGCACCGCCAAGCCCAAUAGAUUUAACAUUUGAUGCUGAUCAAACGGCUUCAGAUGUGGCUACAGUUUUCUGUGAUUUAUUCGAUCGCAUCGAGGCGUACUCUUCCCUUUCGUUGCAACAAAUGACUUUUUCUCGCUGGGAUGAUCGAAGGGAUUUGAUUGAGUCAACAGCUUUACUUGAGGACAUAAUUGAUGUAGUGGACACAGUUCAUCUCAUUGUUAAUCAGGUUUCUUCUCUUAGCGGGAAAAGUCGUUCUCAGCUCAAUUCGUGUACUCUGCUUCUGGGAAGUAGUGAUUGCUUUCUUCGUAGGUCUAUGCGUAACGCAAUGGAAUUACCAUUUGAAGACGACGAAUUAUCCGAAAAUCCAGACGGUUCUACCACUUUUCAUUUGGACGGCAACCUUCCAACUGUGGAGCUGGCUGAAACCUUCGGAUUUGGGGUGAAAUACGUACCACCUCUUAAAAACGAUAUUGCGGAUAAGACAUCGCGUACUCCAACUCCAGGUAUCUGUCCCAAAUAUGCUGACACUGAUGAGCUGCUGUGCUUGUUAAGAACAAGCCUGAAAGAAGGAAGCUGGACAAUUUUUGAAUUACUGGAUACAUUCCUUUGUUUGCUUGCCGAUUUCUGCCCCACUUUCGGAGUUAUUCCGACGUGUUUGUUGAACGUCGCUGUUCAAUGUUACCGACGGUUCAAUUUGCUUUCUAGCGAUCUUUGCGACGAUAGAUAUAUUCGCUUACAUGUCUUAAUGGAUGAACUUGGUGAGCCUCAUGCGCGGGACUACUGCAUUCGUUGGCAUUGCGCAGAGAAGUGGAACUGCAGAGAACUAGUGAUGCGAUUCGCGUGGAGUCAUGCUAAAGCAGUUACAGACGAGGACAUAAGGCUCUCUUUUCUGCGAUUUCUGUACAACUAUAUUGAUGAUGACGAGUUUGUUUUCACUGCUAAAGGAUGGUUUGGGAAAGAAGAUGUCCGGACAUUUAUCCAUAAACUAGAGAAGAGCAGCCGUAUCGUUUCUAUUUCGCAGUUAAGGAGCUGUUCUCGAUACGAAGAGGUUAUCGCCAUAAUAACACGAGACGUGGAUCUCAGUUCUAUGGAUGGAGAUGAUUUAUUAGAUAUGGUAGAAUAUUUGAUGGAUGCUUACUGCAAAGUAAAAAAUUACGAUUCUGCCAUGGGAUUCGCAUCGAGAGUUCUACAUCUGCUGUUUUCCUACAAGCAGCUACCACACACUCGAGUAACCUCAUUGCUCAAUUUUAUAUACAAUACUGACUGGUCUCAAGUGACGAAGCAGAAUUGCGAAGAAAUUGGCUACUUCUUGUGCCGCUUAACCUAUGUCGAAAAUUACGGCGCUGACUGGAAUACUUGGAGAGAGUUAUACAGGAUUGUCAAACGUUUGAAAGGAGAUGUUUCUGUGGAGUACAUCCAAUCAUUGGAUCCUUUAAAACAUGAUGAUUGCCUACCCAGUAAAGCUUUGGAUGUGUUGGUGAAAGCGCAUGAAAAACUUGGAGAAGCGAAAACAUGUGGCUGUGACAAGGGCGCUUUUCUUCUGUUUUUCAUGGAACAAUUAUACACCUGUAUAUCCAAUGAAAACGUUAUGUCCGUACUGCAACAAGAGCGAUAUGCUUGGGUAUGGUUCAACGUUUCUGAAGAGAUUUCCCAGUGUUUGUACUGUAUGCUGGGCCGCUACUCGAAACGACGAAGAGCAUUGGAAGAUCACGAGUGUUCUAUAAGUUCCUUUGAAUUGGAAACGCAUUCGAAAAUGAUUUUGGAACUUGCAAUGCCUCAUCCUUUACCGCAGUAUGAUGAUAAGGAACGCCUCGGGCACGAUGUCGUCGAUUUACUCCUGAAUAAAUUUCCUUCACUUCUUAAGUGUUCUAAAGAAAGAUGGAAUGUCGUUGAGCGAUUUAACAAGUGGAUGUGUGAUGCUGCGAGAGAAGAUGCGAAUAAUCGGCUACAAUGGCCUUCAGUAGGUGAUGAAUCUUAUUUGCAAGCUUGCAUCUGGUACCUGAUGGCAUUGCAUCAUUACCGUCAGAGUAAUCACGACGAGAUCGAAAAGUAUUCAAAGCUGUUUCUUACGAGUGGUCAUGCUACGUUGGAAAGUCGAAUAACAGCUGGUGCCUGGGCUGUUCUGGCUUACACUAGCGUUUAUCGUAUAUUUCAAAUGGAUGAUGAUUUGUUGUACCUCGAAUGGACGUGGCACGUCUUACCUUUUCGGAUUUCACUUCUCAUUGACAAUAAAAUAGGCGUUGUUUUCUUCCAGUUGGCAAGCACUUUGUAUCAAAUCGCUACUCGGCUAUCACGCUACUUUCUAACGCUUCCUUCGGACGACUGGCGGUUACGCCGUGCACAAACACUGUUGAAUGGUCUUCGCAGCGCUUCCCUUUCUCUUUUUGAAGAAGCUUUGGCCCAGACCCAUGGUGAGGCGAGUGGAAUUUGCGAAUAUCAGUGGUUAGGGUACUUUUUCAUAGCGAAACUGCAUGCUAAGUUGAACGUAAACGAUGUGAUCAAGGUUCUGGAUGGUCUAUAUGAAGCAGCAUGCUCAUGUGAGCUGUCCGACUUCUUUUAUCCCAUCAAAAUCAAUACAAAGAAACAACAGAAUAUUGAGCCGGUAGAACUUCAUUACCAGAUACAUGCGACAGUUUGGAAAUAUUUAUGUAGAACUCCUUCACCCCCGCUGAACGUUUUGGUAUCUCUACUUGCGUACCUCAGAACCAUGCAAUCACAUAAGGUGGUGCGCAGCAAUCUCUCUCUCUUUACGUCUCAUCCUGAAAUUCAUGAAACUGUAAUAAAUUUGACUAUUAACUGCGAAGAGAACAUUGAAGAAGAUGAUGUUGCGAUUGUUGUCAGUGAUCUCAUAACUCGCGUAGAUGUUUUGGAUGAGAUAUGGAAUUUAUGUCACCGAGGAUUCGAGUUGGUGUGUGAUCGCUUCCCGCAUAUGAAAUCGUAUUACCGAUUGGCCGAGAUGGAGCUUAGCAGAGGAAACGCAGAGGCGGCGUACAGCCAUUUGACAAAGCACAUCUUCAGACGAAAAAAGCGAGAAGACUCUUUAUUUGAUAAUGUCGUAGAGAUAACUUCGCAGGAUAUCGAUCGUUCGGGAUCGUUCCCAUACCAUGUGGAAAGGGCCUUACAGCUUACGAUGAGCUUGGCAUACCAGUUUAAAGACAUACCCCUUAUUAUCAGUGUCAUCAUUACACUCGUUGGAAACGUGGAAAGUCGCAGCGAAGAAUUUAUCUUAAAGGAAAGACAAAGAGCGCUUUUGGUACACGCAGUUAGUCGACUACACAUUUUGGCUGUGGAAUCAGGAUCCCCAAAACAGCUACGUAAUGAAAUGUAUAGAGCUUGGCAAAUAGUAAGCAGAUGCAAAUCAUUGGUUGUUCGAAGUGUACAGGCUCAACUACAGAUUUUGAUACAGUGUUUGUUUGGUUCAGUUGACAAUUUUGUUGCCGAGCAAUUGGUUGUCGAAGACAACAAGAAGAAACAAGUUAGGAAACGGAAGCUUACCUCGUAUGACUUAUCAUCGUCACAACAACGUCCGAUUCUUCUUGUACACGGAUCGGCGCCAUUUGAUCAUAUCGCAGCUACCGAUGGUGAUCCUUCGAAACUUAUGCGUUUGGCCCUACAAUCACGAUAA